AUGCAAAUCGCAACCGUGCCGAGUUGGAACCAAUUACUGCCCGAGAAGGGUGGCCCACGAUCAGAUGGCACUCACGCUAUGAGAAACGUGCAGGGUGGUGAAGUGUUGCGAGGUGCCACUUCUCCUGGAAGCACGUGCGGCGGACACGCAGCUGCGAACUUUCCGCUCAGCGAUUGGGAAGCGGAAGCUGUAAGGAGAUACAGAGCCUUGAAGAAAGGUGAUCUCACCGCCCAUUCAGUCACAGAGUACCUUCACUCAAGUCCUAUUCACGGUACACUCCUCCAGCUUGUACUUCAUUCUAAAAUUGUGCACAUUACAGAUUGGUACGAGCGGGCAGGCAUUGUGGCGGAUUGGUUUAGUGGUGGAACCCCCGCACCAUUGUGCCUGCUUCCGUCCGCUGUGGUUCACUUGGUCGGAUCCCACCAGUUAACCCCAUCUGUCGCUGCUGGGUUUCUACUGCGCGUCGCUAAGCUGUUGCUGAAUGCAAAGACAGUCAGCCAUGCAGCAGAUUCAGAAAAGGGUCAAAGGAGUAACGUGUGUGUUUUUACUGCUGAUGGUUGGAGCGCUGCUGAGGUGCUUCAACGUUCCGUGUAUGAUUUACAGGAGUCGGGACUUCUGACGUUUGAGCACUUCUCAUCAUUUUUCCUUCGGGCAGCGUUGGACAAAAUACUUAUCGUUGGUGAGGAGCCCGAGUUAUUGCUCAUUCCGAUGUGUUUCCUCAUCCGCCGUUGCCAGAAGUUUUCAUCAGAUGGAUGGAUAAACAGUGAAGAGCGGCUGCGGCACUUGAACCGCAUGUGCGACACGGCCGGUGGAUUACCAACACAUAUCGCUACAACUCUCACCGCCAUUAUUUGA